UUGUCAGUGCUGGUGUGGCGCGGUCUCACGUGGGGCUGCGGCGGGCGGACGCGGGGCUCCCAGGGCUGCACCGGCGAGGAGGAUCAUCCCCAGCGAGCGAGCAGCGCGGACCUCCGCCACCCCGCGCCUUCCGGCGGGCCAUGAUGGACACUCCCCCGCUCUCGGGAUCCGGCUCGGACUCUGAGGACUCGGUGGUCACCGACCGAGAGUUGCAGAAUGCGUUUGCCCGCGGACUUCUGAAGCCAGGCCUCAAUGUCGUGCUAGAGGGGCCGAAGAAGGCCGUGAACAACGUGAACGGCCUGAAGCAGUGUUUAGAUGAAUUCAAGCGGAAUCUAGAUUGGGUUGAAAGGUUGGAUGUGACCCUGGGUCCGGUGCCCGAAAUCAAUGAACCUCAGCCAACACCUCAGCAGAAUAAGGACCAGAAGAAAGCUGUGAACCCAGAAGAUGACUUCCAAAGGGAAAUGAGUUUCUACCGCCAGGCACAGGCUGCUGUGCUUGCAGUAUUACCCCGGCUCCAUCAGCUCCAGAUCCCUACCAAGCGUCCUGAUGAUUAUUUUGCAGAAAUGGCCAAGACUGAUCAGCAGAUGCAAAAGAUUCGAUUGAAGCUGCAAGCUAAACAGGCUGCCAUGGAGAAGUCUGAAAAGGCUAAGCAACUGAGAGCACUUAGGAAAUAUGGAAAGAAGGUGCAAACACAGGUUCUUCAGAAGAGGCAGCAGGAGAAAUCACAUAUGAUGAAUGCCAUCAAGAAGUACCAGAAAGGCUUCUCUGAUAAACUGGAUUUCCUUGAAGGAGAUGAGAAACCUGCUGCACAGGCCACAAAGGCCACCAAGGCAGGAGCGAAAGGCCAGAAUGUGAAGAAGGGGCCCAGUGCUAAACGACGCUAUAAAAACCAAAAGUUUGGUUUUGGUGGAAAGAAGAAAGGUGGCAAGUGGAAUACUCGAGAAAGCUAUGAUGAUGUAUCCAGCUUCCGGGCCAAGGUAGCUCAUGGCAAGGGCCUCAAGAGGCCUGGGAAGAAAGGAUCAAAUAAGAGACCUGGAAAACGAACAAGAGAGAAAAUGAAGAGCAGAACCCGCUAAUUAGCAUCUUCUUACACAAAGAAUGAAGAAAAAGGGACAGUAUGGAAUUUUACAGUAUACUUAGAUCCUUUUUCUUAUUUUCUUUUUGUACAAAAUUCUUUUUAAUAAACAGUUUGAAAGAAACACU